AUGUCGGGGGAAAUUCUUUCCCUCGCCAAGCGCGUGUAUGUCGAGGUCACCGCCUCGACAACCACAGCUGAACAGAAUGAAAUGCAACGAGACUCUUUCCGUAAGGCCGCCAAAUACGGAUAUGGAUUCAUCUAUUUUGCAAUUGUGCUGUUGUUCAUUACUACUCUGAUUCGACUCUAUCACGGCUAUAGCGACAAAGUACGGAUUAUCUUGCAUAAGGAGAGCAAUCCUCAAACCUUUUAUGGCACCUCGACACCGGACGAAUAUGAACUUCCCAGUGCAGGCACUGAUGCUUCAAGCAUGAACUUCUUCCCGACAGCAGCAUCACAUCCGCCCCCUAGGCGCGAAUCACUUCUUCAAAAAGUCAUUCGCUUGAAUAAAGUGAUCGCGUUCUUCCGAUGGAUCUUCUAUCGCCCUAUUCCUACUCUAAGCAUUCUGGGCAUAGAAUUUGUGUUCCCAUCUCUGGCUGUGGUGGGCAUAGUAUUAGCCACCUUCAUCUUCGUCACUCUAUAUUGCUUCGUCCCACAGCCUCUGUAUUAUUGGUACAUUGCUUUGGGAUCUCCUCCGCUUGCAGUUCGUGCAGGCAUGCUGGCCGUCGCCAUGAUCCCAUGGAUUGUCGCACUAGCCACAAAAGCCAAUUUCAUCACCAUGAUGACCGGGCUUGGGCAUGAACGACUGAAUGGAUUGCACCGCUGGUUGUCGUAUAUUUGUCUUUUUCUUUGCAUUGUCCAUGUGGUACCGUUCUAUAUCACACCAAUCUGGACGGGUGAUGCUCUGAUCAACUAUCGAAACUGGAUUCCAUCAGGUAUCUACUACUAUGGAAAUGGAUGGGCAGCAUUUGCACCAUUGAUUGUUCUCUGCGUUCAUUCGCUUCCUAUCCUUCGGCAUCGGAUGUAUGAGCUUUUCAUCUUCAUUCAUAUCCCUGUUUCCUGGAUCUUCGUCGCAAUGAUGUUCUGGCACAGCAAGAACUAUCUUAAGUCAUGGGCUUAUCUUUGGACAACUGUGGCUAUCUGGGUUUCUACAUACCUCAUUCGACUGUUCUACCUGAACUGGUCCAAUCCCUUCCGGACAUCAUCGUUCAUGAUCGGUGAAGAAUCCGCCAUCACACUGCUCCCGCAAAAUGCCAUCAAAGUGACAAUCCCCACGAAAAUGCGCUGGAGAGCUGGUCAGUAUGUCUACCUGCGCAUGCCCAGCAUUGGAUUUAUGGAGAGUCAUCCUUUCACGAUUGCGUCGCUCUGCAGUGAUGACUUCCCAUCUGCUUAUGGGGAAGAAUACCGCGACAUGACACUUGUCUUCCGCCCAUUCGAAGGUUUCACUCAAAACGUUCUGAAGAAGGCGUUGGAAUAUGGUCCAUUCAAAACGUAUACCGCUUACCUAGAAGGACCUUAUGGCGGGAUGCAACGCAAUAUGGCGGCAUUCGACGAUGUAGUCUUUUUCGCUGGUGGAAGUGGCAUCACCGCGAUUGCCAGCCAGCUUCUAGACCUCAUUAAACGGAUUCGAGAUGGCAAAGCCGUCACAAAGUCAAUCAAGGUCAUCUGGGCAUUGAGGUCUGCCGAGACCAUGGGGUGGUUCUCAGAAGAGCUCCGAAUCUGUCGCGAUAGUGCACCAGCGAACCUUGUGCACUGCCAUUUCUUUCUUACCGGUAUGCAGCUAGCUGAUCAAGCCGGCCGAGACCUAGUCCAGGAGAAGAUCUAUGGUAUGCUCCAAGGCAUUGACAAACGAAACUCAGCAUACAUCCGGGAAGAAGCUGCUGGCGACGCAGAGCGCGAGAAGGAGCUGCGUCGAGAGAACGAAGAUGGACUUGCUGCUCUCCCAGGCGCAUAUACUGUGAACAACAUUCCCACACCUCGGCAUUAUAUCCCGCCGAAUAUGUUGGGCUCACCUGCAAGCAGUAGUCCUGGCUUCGAUUUUGGAUUUGGGAAUACAACACCUGUGUCCCAGAUACAACCCACGCCACGGUUUGCGUCUUUCCAGCCUUCUAUGCGAAGAGACAACUGGAAGACGGACUAUUUCCGACCUGAUGUUUCCAGCUUGCUAAACGAGUACUCAAAGAGCUUCGGACGUCGUGCUUGUAUCUUUGUCUGUGGCCCACCGAGUCUGCGUGUCGAGGUGUCGAAUACCGUGGCCAAGCUGCAGCUGCAGGUUCUGACUGAUAGCUCCAAGGAUGAGAUCUUCCUGCACGCGGAAAACUAUAACCACUAG